AAUAACUUUUCCGCGUACUGAGCCGAACUUCCUCAUUGAGCGUGCUAACAGCAGAGAACUCGACAGUCUUGCGACGAUUGUGACUGAAACAGCACAGCGCGUUUCUUUUCGCUUUAUCCGCCAGCCUCACAAAUGUCGAAGCCUCCUCCCAAACCAGCCAAGCCAGGCCAAGUCAAGGUUUUCAGAGCUUUGUUCACCUUCGACCCACGGACACCAGAUGAGUUAUAUUUCGAAGAAGGAGACAUCUUGUACAUCUCUGACACAAGUGACACUAACUGGUGGAAAGGGACAUGUAGAGGAAGAACAGGAUUAAUUCCAAGUAACUAUGUGGCUGAGCAGGCAGAGUCUAUCGACAAUCCGAUGCAUGAGGCAGCCAAACGAGGCAAUCUGAGCUGGCUGAGAGAAUGUUUGGACAAUAAAGUUGGAAUAAACGGGCUGGAUAAGGCUGGAAACACUGCCCUCUACUGGGGAUGCCAUGGGGGACAUAAAGAUGUGGUGGAGCUUUUGCUCACCCAGCCCAAUGUGGAGCUCAACCAGCAGAAUAAACUCGGAGAUACCCCACUGCACGCUGCCUCCUGGAAGGGUUACUCUGACAUAGUGGAAAUGCUGCUUAACAAGAAUGCGAGAAUAGACAUCAGGAAUAAUGAGAACAAGUUGGCUGUGGACAUGGCCACGAAUGCCCAGUGUGCGUCACUUAUCAAAAGGAGGCAGGGAGGCCAAACCACCCGCAUACACAGCAAUGCUGAAGAGUAUUUGGACGAUGAGGACUCUGACUGAGCUGGCCCCAUUAAACCAUUACCUCUGUCUUCCAUUGGGUUUGGGGCUCGUGAUCCUUGCAGAGUCUUAUUACAGGACCUAAAGUGGAAU